UUAACAGCCGCCAUGAGUCAAGGCAAAAUUGGUAGUGAAGGACCAGGUUUUAUUGGGAUCCGUUUCUGCCAGGAGUGCAACAACAUGUUGUACCCGAAGGAGGACAAAGAAAACAAAAUAUUGCUGUAUGCCUGCCGUAACUGUGACUACAAAAUGCCCACUGAAAACAACUGCAUAUAUGUCAACAAAUUGAUGCAUGAAAUCGAUGAAUUAAGACACAUCAGCCCAGAGGUUGUACAGGACCCCACACUGCCGCGCACAGAUGACCACCCAUGUCCACGCUGCAGCUCCAGGGAUGCUGUGUUCUUCCAGGCCCAGACCAGGAGAGCUGAAGAUGAAAUGAGACUCUACUACGUUUGUUGUAAUACUGAAUGUGUGCAUCGCUGGACUGAGUGAAAUGAAUAUGCAAACAAAUAUUACUAUAUGCUGUAUUUCUUUUGAAAUUAAGUCUGCCCUCUCAAGGAUUGUGGAACUUAAGGAUAUUAGUAUUCAAACUCACAAAUGAAAAAUGGUAAUGUAUGUAGGUACUUGUAUAUGAGGAAAUGACAGGAAGACUAAAAAGAUGUUAAUGUAAAACUUAAGAAAAAAAUAACUUAUUUUUUUCCUCUUCUAAGAACUAAGUUUAAUGUGUAACACAAUUAUGGCCACCAGACUCUUUCCUUAAUAUACUUAAUUACCUUUUUUUCUAUUGUCUGCUUGAUGAGAAUGUUUCACAAGCCAAGUAUCAUUCAGUGAGGAAUUCACUCUUGAUCUUUUACACCAUGUGUACUUUACAAACUGUAUUAAACCAUUUGAAUACUAA